AUGGUAUACUGUGGCAAACCCAGCAAAGGUUGCGGCCAGUGUCGUUCCAGAAAGAUCCGAUGCGAUCAAGCUAGGCCCGCUUGUUCACAAUGUAUCCGGGCUAAGCGGGACUGCCCCGGAUAUCGGGACCAGCUAUCUUUAAUGUUUCGAGACGAGAGCAAAUCAGUCGUGCGCAAAGCCAAGGCGGAGGCGGGCUCCUCUGCUAGUCCUGCGUCUUCUGCGUCGUCAGCCCGAUCUAGACAGAAGCGGUCGUUAACGCGAUCGUCUCGCAUUGCAUCCCCAGAUGGGACUGCCACUGAGAAUCUGCCGUCUGAGCGGACCCUGGCCCUAGUGGACCCGGCGUUCAACUUCAUCUUCGACAUGGGUCCACCAGUGGACUUUGCCAUGCCAAACCCUUGGUCAUUACCGCUUGAAGUCCAACCCCCGCCUGAUGCAUCUAAACAAGAAGCCAUCUGUUACUUUUUACGAGGCAAUGCUAUUCCCGGUAGCUCAUGGAUGGGGGACUUUGUCACCCGGUUCUUGGCUGAACCCGGGGCCACAUCUAGCCAGAAAGCCAUGCAAUCUAGUGUACUUGCCGUCUCGUCGGCUAUGCUAUGCCGUGUUCGGAAGAUGACGUCGCUAAAAGACCUGGCGCAAAAGGAAUAUGUUUCGGCUUUGAAUCUACUGAACACGGCAUUGGCGGAUGCGGAGGAGGCCAAGACGAAUCAAGCAUUGGGGGCUGUCGUACUGCUUGCUGUUUAUGAAGUUGUCACAUCGCGAGCUCCACGGGACAUUGACCAGUGGACGAACCAUAUCACUGGAGCCACCGCCCUUUUAGAUUUGCGGGGUCCUGAGCAGUUAAAAACAGAGAUCGGCCUCCGUCUAUUCCUACAUCUUCGUUAUCAGAUUAUCAUUAGCUGUAUCCAACGGGAUGCGCGGGUACCACAGUCCUUACUUGACUGCACAGAGUACGCCAUGUUUCUCCGACCAGGCGAAGCACACGGCAACCGCUUGAUCAUGAUCAUCGGCCGACUAUCCAACCUUCGCGUGGAUAUCCGAGAGAAGAUCCUUACCGACCACCGAGAGAUUAUAUCGGUCGCUUCUAGUAUCGAGGCUGAUUUGAUUGCCUGGCUAGCGGUACUGCCAUCUGAUUUCACAUACGAAACCCAUACCAAGUCCCCAUAUGAUUUCAUGUUCCAAGAACGUUGUCGUGGGCUGUCUCUAUACGACGACAAAUAUCACGAGUACCCUAGUCUCUGGGUCUGCAAUACUUGGAAUCAGUACCGUUGCGCCCGGAUCUUGGUCAGCGAGAUCAUCCUCUCUCAUAUCAGAAAGCUAUCCGAUUCAUCCUCUACUCGACUACUCUCUGAUGAGUUCCGACAGCACUGCAAGACCAUAUGGGCUACUACCCAGCGACUCGCAGUCGAUAUCUGCCGUAGCGUGCCAUAUCACCUGGGUGCACAUUUGAAGCAUGCCUCGCCCAAUUUCCCACCCCCAGAAAGCUAUAUGGGAGGUCUUAUGCUGCUCUGGCCUUUGUUUUUGGCAGGCAUUGUUGAGAAUCCGAAUCAUGCGCUCCGCCGAUGGGUCAUACAAUGUCUGAAAAUGGUGGGCCAUAGCUAUGGAUUUGACCAGGCUUUGGCAAUCAUGGAUAUCGUGGCUGCUGACCCGGGUAUACUUCACGAGGCUGAGGCACAAGCUGUGACAGAAGAAUAUCCCUCGCCCGAAAAGACUCUGAGCCCCGCGAUUCUGCCUGAUCUCCACUAUAGCCAGAUUCCUCAGUCGGAGGAUACGAUUUUCUGA